CACCUGAAAAAUAUAUAAUAACGCAUUUAUUCCUGUUCUCUGAAAACAAUUGUUACCAAGCUACCACGCGUUCGAAUAUGCCGCCAUGAGCGACAAAUGUGUGCAAUGGAGAACGCAUCAACCGUUCGACGACGAAAAUGGCAACACGAGGAACGCACCAAACGACCGCACGAAUAAACGAGACCGUGCGCGUCCGCGGCACGUCCACGUGACACUGCUCGAUCCGAUCGCGAUUUAAAUCGCGCAGCUUCGUGCAGCAUCGCCUCUCGCGGCGGUCGCAACGUGUUGUCGACACGUUACUCCGUCAACGGUUUUACGCUCGUAGUCGCGUCGAUACUCGUUUUCGCAGAUAACACUGAUGAGAUAAUUUACCUUGCACUCGACUUCACGUCAGCGUACUUCAUGCAAUGCUACUUCGCGAGUGUCUCGUCCGUGGAGGCCUCCGCAACGGGGCACGAGUCGUUGCAUCGUGCGCGGCCCGUUACGUCGCUACUAGCCCCUGUUCGAGCUGUCUGACGAGCGAUCGAAGAAGCAAGACCAUCUGCGCCUUAUCCUCCGGACAGGGAAAAUGCGGCGUGGCGGUGGUAAGAGUAUCAGGAGGUCGGUCCAUGGAGACACUGAAAAGGAUGGCGAAUAUAUCGAAGUUAGAACCAAGGAAAGCUUUCCUGCGGAAGAUACGCGAUCCUGAAACAAGAGAGAUCAUUGACAACGGGCUUUGCCUCUGGUUUCCUGGUCCGCACUCGUUCACCGGCGAGGAUUCCGUCGAGUUCCACGUGCACGGCGGUCCGGCGAUCCUCACGCGGCUGAUGCAGGCUCUGGAGAAGCUAGAGGUGCACCCAGCGCUGCCGGGCGAGUUUACCAGACGCGCCUUCUACAACUACAAGGUCGACCUGACGGAGGUGGAAGGCCUGGCCGACCUGAUAGAGGCCGAGACCGAGCACCAGAGGAAGCAGGCGUUGCUGCAGGCUGAUGGCAACCUGCGCAAGCUGUACAACGGCUGGCGCGAAGAUCUGGCGCACUGCGCGGCGAGCAUCGAGGCGUACAUCGACUUCGGCGAGGAGGACAACAUCGAGAGCGACGUGGUGCAGAAGGCGCACGGCGCUUUGAGGCGACUGAUGACUCAUCUGCAGGCGCACCUGGCUGACGGUAGACGGGGCGAGAUCCUGCGCAACGGCGUGAGGACCGUGAUCCUCGGUCGGCCGAACGUGGGCAAGAGCAGCCUGCUGAAUCACCUGGUGCAACGGAAUGCGGCCAUCGUCACACCAGUUGCUGGCACCACGAGGGACGUGAUCGAGCUGAGCGCGAACAUCUCGGGCUACCCGGUGCUGAUUGCAGACACCGCGGGCAUCACCGACAACACCGAGGACAUCGUCGAGGCCGAGGGCAUCCGUCGCGCGAGGAACUGCGCCGAGAACGCCGACUUCGUCGUCGUCGUGGUGGAUGCGCUGCAGUGUGCGAGCAGCGGCGUCAAGUACGAGGACUACCUGCGCGAGUACCUGUCGUCCUUGGGAAUACGUGAGCUGUUGGAGAGAAUGGGGAAGGAACGCUUCACCGUGAUAAUGAACAAGGGUGACCUGUUAGGCGAGGAGGAUAAACGGCGCCUGAGCGACGCCGACGCGGUCCUGAUAUCCUGUAAGACGGAAGACGGCUUCCAGAGUCUGCUGCGGUCGCUGACGGAUCGCUUCGCCGACAUAUGCGGCAAUCCGUCCGCGGAGAGUCCGACCAUCAGCCAGGCGAGGCACAGGAAUCACUUGACGCAAUGCCUGGCCCACCUGCACAACUACUUCGAGCUGUGCGCGGGCGAGCAACACGACAUGGCUAUAGCGGCGGAGGAGAUUCGCAGGGCGAUGCGAGAACUCGGGAGGAUAACGGGACACAUCAGCACCGAGGAGCUGAUGGACAUUAUAUUUAAAAACUUUUGUAUCGGUAAAUGAAGCUGCUACUUGUACACAGGAUGUUCUCGUAUUUUCUUAUAACGCUCUAAGAACAUUCUAAGAUGAGGAAUGAAAAGAGAAAGAGAAACUCUGGAAAAUGUGGAGUAUCAAUUUUAAACUUAUUUUCAUUGCAAAAUGAAUAGAAUGGACCUUCAUAAGCAUCGUAUGUUUAUUAACAAUGUUACACGCACAAUCAUACAUAGAACAACCUUUUGCCUGAUUAUAAGAUAUCGAUACCCCACGUGUUACACAGUUAGGGCUCCGUUAUAUGCUUUCAAGUCGUUAUCUGUAUGCCAUGUCCGUGUCAUGUGCUAAUAGAUCGAUUGUAUUGAUGGUUUAUAACCGCGCUCGCUCUCGCGCGAAGAAUAAUUUGACUUAAGAAAGUAACAAAAGCGAAACAAUUCAAUUGAGGAAAGGAGAAAGAAAGAAAAAAA